CCGCCUGCGCCUGUGCCUGUUGGUUCUCGGUGUGCUGCUGUGAGAGCCGGCUGUGUCAACCUCUGCAGCCUCUCGAAUUGCUUGGAUUAGAGAUGCAGCCGCCACAGUGCAGGGCCAACGAUCUCACGCUCAUCCUCCUGUGCCCCAUCCUGCUGGCGGUGGGCCGGGCUGCUGUGGAGAGCCAAGCGCGGUAUGAACUGGAGAAGGAGCCCGCUUAUUGGGAUGCCCAGGCGAAAGCAACACUGGAUGCUGCAUUGAAACUCCGCCCUCGGAAUCACCAGGCCAAGAACGUCAUCCUGUUCCUCGGCGAUGGGAUGGGCGUGUCCACCGUGUCGGCAGCUCGAAUCCUGCGAGGUCAGAUGGAGGGUGGCUUAGGGGAGGAGACGAUGCUGGCCAUGGACACCUUCCCAUAUGUGGCCCUGUCUAAGACCUACAGUGUGGAUAAGCAGGUAGCAGACAGCGCCAGCACAGCUACAGCCUACCACUGUGGGGUGAAGGCCAACGCUAAGACAGUCGGACUCAGCGCUAACGCAGUGGCCUACGAGUGCAACACCACCUUUGGCAAUGAGGUCUACUCGGUCUUACGACGUGCAAAGGCGCGAGGUAAAUCAGUUGGUAUAGUGACAACCACCCGUGUGCAGCACGCCUCCCCGGCUGCUGCCUACGCUCACUCUGUCAGCCGCAGUUGGUACAGUGAUGCAGAUCUUCCCUCCGGCGCCCGCCGACAGGGCUGCGUCGACAUUGCCACCCAAAUGGUCACCAACGUUGACAUUGAUGUGAUUCUGGGGGGAGGGAGGAUGUACAUGACACCAAAAGGCACCCCAGACCCAGAGUACCCUACCUCCAACUCCAGAAAGGGGGACCGCAAAGACAAGAGGAACCUCAUUGACGUGUGGCUGAAGGCUAAGCCAAACAAGAGGUCACACUAUGUUUGGCAUCGAAAGGAGUUUGAUGAGAUUAAUGUCAAAACUACUGACCGGCUCAUGGGUCUUUUUGAGCCAAAGGACAUGAGAUUUGAGGUUUUCCGGAACAGCACACGAGACCCCUCCAUUGUGGAGAUGACAGAGAAGGCCAUACAAAUCCUCAGCAAGAACCCCAGGGGAUAUUUCCUGUUUGUGGAAGGAGGCAGAAUUGAUCACGGUCAUCAUGAUGGCAUUGCCAAGCUGGCCCUGACGGAGGCUGUGAUGUUUGAUCGAGCCAUUGAGCGCGCGGCACAGAUGACCAGGGAAUCUGAUACAUUGACUGUGGUCACCGCUGACCACUCCCACGUCUUCACCUUCGGUGGUAACACGCCUCGAGGGAAUCCCAUCUUUGGUCUGGCACCAAAGAAAGCGGAUGACAAAAUGCCUUUCACCAGCAUCCUGUACGCCAACGGCCCCGGUUAUGUCCACAUAAAUGGAACCAGAGGAAACAUCACGAUGGUGGAUUACUAUGAUGAGGAGUACAUGCAGCAGGCUGCCGUCCCGUUAGAUGCUGAGACGCACGGGGGAGAGGAUGUAACCAUCUACGCCAAAGGCCCAAUGGCUCAUCUGUUCCACGGGGUCAAGGAGCAGAACUACGUGGCACACGUCAUGGCCUUCGCUGCCUGUUUGGAGCCCUACGCGAACUGUCCUCCUCACCCCCACAACCACACCUCAACUGGGUGUGUGAACGUACCCUCAAGCUUUUUGUUUGGUUUACUUGUCCUCCUCUGGUUGUUCAGAUGACCCCAAAACACACACACAUGCACAUGUCAAAACACACACUUAGAUACGUUGUACGCAUGCAGCAAUACAGACACUCAAUGCACUAAACAUUCAUACAAGCACACACACAAGUCAGAAAGCAGGGAUAAACAUAUACAGUAUGGUACUGUAUGUCAUUACUGAACAAUUCUUUCUCCUUUGCUUCCAUAUGCAGGCAUAAUCUACCAUACAUGCAAAGGGCAGGCAUAAACAUCCAUACACAAUCAUAGUAACAGGUAGACAUUGUGUUAGUAUGGGCAGGGAUUAAAACUGAUAAGGAGCUAAAACGCUUGUGUGGAAGGAGAUCUUUUUAGUUUUGAAACUUAGAACUAAAAUGUGGUAGUAUGGAUGUGGCUAAGGCUAUUUCCAACUUGUAACGUGACUACAAUCUUUCACUGACCUUUCAGUAUAGUUCAUUUUUUGGGGGGAUUCAUUUGUUUCAAAUUGUUCACAAUCUCUGCCUGGAUGAGCUGUAAUUUCCUAUUCACACAUUGAUCCGAGGCUUUACUCAGAAUAACUUGAAGCAGGCUUACUGUCCAGCUUGUGGACAUCUGUUACGAGUGUACGACAGCAACGGAAACCUGAAUUAUGAGCCAUUGUGCCAUGUCAAGCUGCGACACCCAACAGACCUUACACGAACACAUCAAGAUACUGUACCACCAUAGGAGUGGCAAACAUGUAGCUUUAAAGAUUUUUUUUAUUUUUAUGUUUGUAUCUUGACCUCAUUGACUCCAAAUAGCACAUCUGUUUUCUCUCAGAUUGUUUGUCUCUUGAUGCAGGAUAUAAUCUAUUUGGAUUGUAAGUAUGAAUGAAUGUAUUUUGUAAGUAAUAUUGUCAAUGUAUUUUUAUACUGUGUUUUACUACUUUGCAAAGGUUACUUAAAUAAGAAUAAAAAAAAUCACUUUUUCUUGA